CUCUCUCUCUCUCUCUCUCUCUGUUUCGGAUAUCCACUCCGCACCGCCGUUUCCUGAUUGGGCUGUAAAUCGGCGUGACUGACAACAUAGAUUUAGAUCAAUGGCUAUGAAAAAAGCAUGUAAACUCGAAUUGCUGGAAUUGAGGUGCUAAUUAGAGUACAUUGGUUUAUUAUUUAAGGGAAUAUCAAAUAUGGGUACAUCUGUUACAAACAAGGACAACUAUAAUGGCAGGAAGUAUGGGACUUGGAAGCAGAAAGAGUUGUUUUUUCUGGUUACUUAUGUAUUAGUUUUCUAUGUUAUCAUCAUAAGACGUUCCCUUCAAAUCUCUCAUGAUCACUACAAAAAACUAUUCGGUUUACGCCCAGGAUGGCUUAUACCUAAUCACCUCAAUGAUGUCUCAGAUGCUCAGUGGAGGAAUUUUCGAGGAAAUUUACCUGUUCUAACUCUUGUCUUUGGAAUUUUCACUCUUCUGGCCAACUUGAUGAGGGCUUUCUUCAAUUUGAAUGUGAGAGGAAUGUCCGUUGUCUGGCUUUUAUUUUCCUUCGCCUACCUAUCGUAUCUACAUGGAGCAUGCGUCAUAUUUGUGCUCUCAAUAGCUACUAUUAAUUUUCUUCUUGUUAAGAUAUUUGCUCGGAAAAAGUACUUUCCACUUAUAAUUUGGAGUUACAACAUAUUUUUUCUUCUCUGUAAUCGGAUUUAUGAAGGAUAUUUGUUCUCUGUGUUUGGGCAACAAUGGAGAUUUUUGGACAAUUACCGCGGCAGCUUUAGGUGGCACAUAUGUUUCAACUUUGUUGUUUUGCGCAUGAUAAGCUUUGGAUUGGAUUAUCAUUGGACAAAUCAAGAUUCUCAUUUUGAUCAGGAGAAACAUUGUCAACGUUGUCAUAUUUGUAAAUCAGGAAACACAUGCUAUCAAGCUUUACAGGAGAGAAGUCUACACAUUAACAAGUUUGGAUAUGUCGUGUACCUUAGUUAUUUGGUAUAUGCACCACUUUAUAUUGCCGGUCCAAUAGUGAGCUUCAAUGCUUUUGCUUCACAGCUAGAUGUUCCUCAAAAUAGUAAUUCAGUUAGAAAUGUGAUAUUCUAUGGUUUCCGUUGGCUUUUGUGUUUUAUCCUUGUGGAAUUCAUGACACAUCUAUUCUACUAUAAUGCCUUUGCUAAUAGUGGUUUGUGGAAGCACUUAUCUCCCUUGGAAGUGUUCAUCAUUGGAUACGGGGUCUUAAACUUCAUGUGGCUAAAGUUUUUGCUGAUCUGGCGCUUUUUCAGGUUCUGGUCACUGGUGAACGGAAUUGAGGCUCCAGAAAAUAUGCCAAAAUGUAUUAAUAAUUGCUACAGCUUGGAAGGUUUUUGGAAAAAUUGGCAUGCUUCCUUUAACAAAUGGCUUGUGAGGUAUAUGUACAUUCCUCUUGGGGGAUCUCGGAAAAAGCUCUUAAAUGUAUGGGUUAUAUUCACUUUUGUUGCCAUCUGGCAUGAUUUAGAGUGGAAGCUUCUUUCAUGGGCAUGGUUGACAUGUUUAUUUUUUAUCCCCGAAUUGCUAUUAAAAUCGGCUGCAAAAGCAUUUCAGGCUGAAAGCUCUUUUGGGGAAUUCAUAUUUCGUGAACUCAGUGCCGUUGCUGGUGCAGUUACAAUCACUUGCCUCAUGGUAGCAAAUCUGGUUGGUUUUGUUAUUGGACCAAGCGGUAUUAACUGGUUACUUUCUUCUUUUCUACGCAAGGAAGGGUUGCCUGUCCUAGGGAGCUUGCUCAUGACAUUUUACGUUGGAACAAAGCUUAUGUUCCACAUAGAAGAAGCAAAGAAAAGGUCGCCCUGAACCAGACAAAUGCAUGACCAUGAUUCUCGGUGCAAAUUCAUGUUUGGUGCUAGGAGUUCAUAUCUGAUACGGAAUAGUUUGUUUGGCUUGGAGGUAUCUGUGGGUAUGAAUCUUGACUCAUUUUACAGAUUGGCGAUGCAUUGUACAUCAAAUUUGGGAAUCAUACGUUCAGACUGUGUGCACCAUACAAUGUAAAAAUCAUUGCUAACAGAAAACAAGGAAAAUGAAGAAAGAAAAAAAAAGUAAAUUUAUUGAAUAUAGGGUAGGUUUGCUUAAUGAAAUUCAGAUUCCUCCUCUGCCUCCUCUUUUUUGUUGCCUUACACUUGCUAUUUUUUAUUGUUUUUUAUCUCAUAUGCUGUUUUCAAUAUAUGAUCUGAUAUAUGUUCGUACUGAGUAA